AUGCGUAUUCCAACCGCGCUCGUCGCUGCUCUCGCUGCGUCGCUGGCCACCGCCGUCCCCACUCUGGACAUUGAGGCCAAUGAAAUCUACGAUCCCAAGACUGGCGACAAGUUCCAAAUUGUCGGUGUCGCUUACCAGCCGGGUGGUAGCGCGGGCUUCUCCAAGACUAGCCCUGAUCCCCUCAGCCAGCCCGAUGCUUGCUUGCGAGAUGCUGCCCUUAUGCAGGUCAUGGGCGUAAAUGCCAUUCGCGUCUACAACCUGAACCCAGACCUUAACCAUGACGAAUGCGCUAGCAUCUUCAAUGCGGCUGGCAUGUACAUGAUUCUUGACGUCAACUCGCCGCUGGUGGGCGAAGCCCUGGACUCGGGCAAGCCAUGGGAGACGUACUACAUGGAAUAUCUCAACCACACGUUUGCAAUCGUGGAAGCCUUUGCCAACUAUCCCAACACUUUGCUCUUCUUCUCUGGCAAUGAAGUCAUCAACGACAUUCCUUCGGCAAAGUUUGUUCCCCAGUAUCUUCGUGCCGUUACUCGCGACCUGAAGAAUUACAUCAAGAAGAAUCUGAAGCGCCAAAUUCCCGUCGGCUACUCUGCUGCUGACGUUCGAAACGUCCUUUUUGAUACCUGGAACUACAUGCAAUGCAGCGACGACGGCAAAUCCAGCGACCCAACUCGCGCCGACGCCUUUGCUCUGAACUCGUACAGUUGGUGCGGUAUUGCCACCACUUACGAGAGCUCCACCUUUGCCGACUUGACGAGCAACUUCAGCACCUCUUCUGUUCCUGUUUUCUUCAGCGAGUAUGGUUGCAUCAAGCCCGCGCCCCGUUACUGGAACGAGACCCGUGCCAUAUACGGUGCCAACAUGACGGCCGUCUUCUCGGGCGGUGUUGUUUACGAGUGGACGCAGGAGGACAACGGAUACGGCCUCGUGUCCGUCAACGGCAGCGACUUGAACAUCCUUGGAGACUACAACCGCCUCAAGGCCGCCUGGGCCACCAUUGACUGGAAGACUGUCCAGUCGCAAAAGGCAGAAAAGAAGGACGUCAGUCCGCCCAAGUGCUCGACCUCACUUCUUACGCAGAAGGGCUUCGACACAAACUUCACUGCCCCAGCCCCCCCACCUGGCGUCCAGAAACUCAUCGACAGCGGCAUCAGCCCCAAGCCAAGCGGGAAGAUUGUCAAGAUCUCCGACUACAACGUCAAGCUGACGGUCAAGGACUCGGAGGGCAACACCGUCAAGGACCUCAAGGUCGUGCCUCUGGCAGACGAUGAAUUCAACAUGGCUGGAAAGAACAGUGCCAACACUGGCAGCACUACCGGUAGUGGAAGCAAUAACAGCACAGGCAAGAAUGGGAAUGGCAAGGGCGACGACAGUAGUGCCGUGCUAAACACGCCAAUGAUGCUGGCUGCCAUCGUGCCCUUGGUUGCCCUGCUGUUUGUGUAA